AUGUGGGGAUUUGGUUGGUUGUCACGGAAGUCUGAAAAGCCUCCAGUAUCCACUGAAAAGGCAAGUUCUGUCUCCCCAGAAAAAGAGCUCUUAUUAGAAGAUCUCCCACCAAAGUUUGAGGACAAAGUCGAGGAGAGGCAGAAAAGACCCAAGUUGGAUGUUUCAAAACCAGAUAUCUUUCAGAAGGCUGUUUCUUCCAUUUCAACUGACGAUUUUAAGAAUGUUCAUACAAUUCCUUGCUUUCGUCAGGGUAUGCUAGCGGGCUUAGGUGUUGGUGGUGUGAUAUUUGCCGUUUUGAUUUCAACGAGGUCGUCAAUCUCACGAAGCAUGAAUUGGGGUAUGGGUGGUUUUGUAGCUGGAUCAGUCGUAUCUUGGGAGCAAUGUAGAGCCAAAAUGCGUCAGAGUAGGAGAAAUGCUCAAGCUGUAAAGGAGAGUCUCCGAAGGCCACGGUCAGGACUAACUUCAGGACCCGGAUCAGGUCCAAGUCAAGGUGAGGGCGAAGCGAAGUGA